UUCACGUGUUGGGAAGGGCUCGGCCGGCUCGGAGGAGGUGUGUGUUCUUAUCCACAUAGACUACUCGUUGCUGCAUGUGGCCUCUGUGGUUGCUUUGGGCCAUUCCGGGUCGCAGGGGCUACUGGAGCUUGAGGUUUGGGAGAGCCAUGUCUGAGGGUUCCGCUCGCCGACCGCGGCCUCCCAAGGACCCUCUGCGGCAUUUGCGUACGCGAGAGAAGCGCGGUCCUGCUGGGGAUCGCGGGGGACCCAGCACUGUGUACCUGCAGGUGGUGGCCUCUGGGACCCGCGAUGCGGGCUCGGCUCUUUACGUCUUCUCGGAGUUUAACCGGUAUCUAUUCAAUUGUGGGGAAGGCAUCCAGAGGAUCAUGCAGGAACACAAACUGAAAAUUGCUCGCUUGGAUAACAUCUUCCUGACUCGAAUGCACUGGUCCAAUGUUGGAGGUUUGUCUGGAAUGAUUCUUACCUUAAAGGAAACUGGGCUUCCAAAAUGUGUUUUUUCUGGACCACCACAGUUGGAAAAAUACUUAGAAGCUAUCAAAGUAUUUUCUGGUCCAUUGAAAGGAAUAAACUUGGCUGUCCGACCCUAUUCAGCUCCAGAGUACAAAGAUGAGACGAUGACAGUUUUUCAGUUGCCUAUACAAAGUAAAGGGGUUGCAAGUGAUUACCAGUUAACUCAGCAUUCCAGAAAUUCUCCCACCAGGUUUAGUCCAAACCAUCCUACCAACUUUGAAUCUUUUAAAAGUGAACAGGAACUUCCAGGUGGUGAUGGAAAUAAUUCUUCAAAGGACAUAGAUGACAGUUGGAAAAUAAAAGGCAGAGACCCGUCUUUGGUUGUAGCUUUCAUCUGUAAGCUUCACAUGAAACAAGGAAGUUUUUUGGUGUUCAAAGCAAAAGAUCUGGGGCUUCCAGUUGGUACAUCUGCUAUUGCACCUAUAAUUGCUGCUGUCAAGGCUGGGAAAAGUAUCACUUAUGAAGGAAGAGAGAUUUUGCCAGAAGAGAUUUGCAGCCCUCCAGAUCCUGGCUCUGUUUUUAUUGUGGUGGAAUGUCCUGACCAAGGAUUUGUAGAGCCAAUCUGUGAAAAUGACACCUUCCGCAGGUAUCAAGGGGAAAAGGCCGAGGCUCAUGUGGCUGUGGUUGUUCACAUGACUCCAGAAUCAAUAUUGCAGGAUAACAGAUACCAGCAGUGGAUGGCAAGGUUUGGCCCUGAAACUCAGCAUCUGGUCCUGAAUGAGAAUUGUACUUCGGUACACAAUCUCCGUAGCCUUAAGAUUCAAACUCAGCUCAACCUCAUUGACUCAGACAUAUUUCCCCAGCUUACCAACUAUACUUGCAAGGAGGAUCUGGCUACUUUCUCCCUGCCUGUAAUCCGUGGUGAAUGCCUCCUGAAGUACCAGCUAAGACCGAAACUACAUUGGCAGAGGGAUGCCUGCAUCAUUUACAACCUUGAUGAAUUUGUGACUGAGGCUCUGGACUUACCUAAUUUUCAGGAAAGGGUACAGGAGUAUAAGGAAAACAUGCUGGACAAUACGGCACUAUUAGGGAAAGGAACCCAAUAUCCAGAAGUCAUAUUCCUCGGAACAGGAUCUGCAAUUCCAAUGAAGAUCCGAAACGUCAGUUCUACACUUGUGAACAUAAGCUCUGACCAAUCUCUGCUACUGGAUUGUGGGGAAGGCACCUUUGGGCAACUCUGCCGCCAUUAUGGGGAUGAAGUGGAUAGAAUCCUGAUUAACAUUGCUGCUGUGUUUGUAUCCCACAUCCAUGCGGAUCACCAUACAGGCUUAUUAAAUAUCCUGUUGCAGAGAAACCGUGCUUUGGCAUCAAUGGGAAAAUCAUCCAGCCCACUGUUACUAAUAGCACCUACACAAGUCAUGAUGUGGCUGCAGCAAUACCAUGACCAUUGCCAAGAGAUUCUAGAUGCUGUCAAAAUGAUCCCUGCCAGGUGCCUCCAAAAAGGAAAUGAAGUCUCCAAACCCAUGACUGCAAAAUUGAUUACUUCACUGCUAGAAAAAUAUGAUUUCGAAGAGUUUCAGACUUGUUUGGUUCAGCACUGUAAGAAUGCUUUUGGUUGUGCAUUGAUCCACAAAUCAGGCUGGAAAAUAGUCUACUCUGGUGAUACCAUGCCAUGUGAUGCUCUGGUCCGUUUGGGGAAAGGAGCUACAAUGCUUAUUCAUGAAGCUACUUUGGAAGAUGGUUUAGAAGAGCAAGCAGUAGAAAAGACACACAGCACUACUUCUCAAGCAAUUGGAGUUGGGGUGAAGAUGAAUGCCAGAUUUAUCAUGUUAAAUCACUUUAGUCAGCGUUAUGCCAAGAUCCCCCUUUUCAGCCCUGACUUUAAUGAGAAAGUUGGGAUUGCAUUUGACCACAUGAGGGUUGACUUUGGAGACUUUCCAACAGUUCCUAGGCUGAUCUCUCCUCUCAAAGCCCUGUUUGCCGAUGAGAUUGAAGAGAUGGUAGAAAGGAAAGAGAAACGGGAGUUGCGACAGAUCAAAAAGGCCAUUAUUAGUUCAGAUCACUGUGGGAAUGAUGAUGGACAAGUGCCCAAGCAGGCUUAUAAUGGAGAAGAGGAACCUAAAAGCCCACCAGUCAAAAAGCUCAAAGUAAAUUGAAGGCAUCUACCAUGGCCCUGGACAAGGAGAAUAGGCACUCAUCCUUCCUUUUCUUUCUUCAUGGGGAGGUCAUGAGAGCUGAUUGAGUAGAGUGGUAUCUUCUUUUGCACUCCAGAAAAAAAAAAUCCUAUUAACUUUGACAGAGCUACUACUGGGAAGUAGAAUGUAAUCUCUUGGAAGAUGGAUUGUGUGAUUUUUGUCUUUGUAUCCCAGUGUCAGUGACAUAAUGCCUUGCAAAUACUAGUUAUGUUAUAAACAUUUUUGUAAUUGAAUUUAAAGAAUGAACAAAUUGAAUCAUAUACAAUUGAAACGUGACUAGGUUCUUCUAAUAAUUAUCAAAAAAAAAUUUUUUUUUAAUUUGGUUUUUAAAAUAUUUUUAGACAAUCAGUAGAUGGCAGGAUGGAAAAUAGGAUAUCCCACUCAGGUAGAACUAAUUUCUCUAUAAUGCAGUGAGGGAGAAUGAUAGCAUCAUAAAUUUGAGUGUUGAAAUGGACUUUAGCAGCCAUGUGACCAAAUCUGACCAGUAAUCCAGCCUCUCUCAAUGAGGAGAAUGCAAUACCUUCCGAGGUGUGACAUUUCCCUUUUGAACAGCUUCAAUUCUUAGGAACGUUUUUCCUGACAUCAAGCUUUUAUUUGCUUCUUUGCAACAUCUACCGCAUUACUACUGGUUCUUCCUUCUCGAGGCAAGCACGCACUGAAGAACUCCACUACCUAAUAAUACUUUGAGUCCAGUCAUUCAGAUAGUUGCAAGUUAUUACUAUGCAAUCCUGCUCUAACUUUUCCCCAAGAAUGGUAUGAAAUACUUUAUCAAAUGCUUUGCUAAAACCUAGGUAGAUCCUAUAUAGAGCAUUCCUUGUUUUUAUUUCUUCUUAUUUUUAAGCCAAGCUGGUUCUUUGUAAUGACUGCUUCUUUUUCUAGAUAGGCUUACAGGGUUAGAACUAGAAGAGACCCUUGGAGGCCAUCUGGUCCAAACCCCCUAUUUUACUCAUGAGGACACUUGAGACCUAGACAGAAUAAGUAGGUUGCCCAAAAUUACACAGGGAGUUUGAGUCCUUAGACUCUAGUAGAGUGAGGUUCCUUCCCCUCUAACAUUUUGCUUCCUUGAUGUUCACUAAACCAUUCUGUAGUGAUUAGUUUUAAAAUUUUCACAGGAAUUAGGCCUAUGAUUUUCAGAUUUUUUUCAAUUUUGUUGAAUUCAGCUUCCUUCAUGAACCUCAGCUCAUUGUGAACUUUAGCACUCCUAACACUAUUCUUUGAGGAUUGUGUCAUAUAAACAUCUUCUGUUUCCUA